AUGUUCUCAACUGAUUUCAUACAGCGGUUAUGGGCGUGGUGGACUCGGAAGAGUCAGAAAGACAUUCAGCUUGAGUGUCUGAAUACUGCUCGUUACUAUGAAGAGUGGGAAGCUGCAGCUUUCGCAUUGGAUGAGCUUUACGGCAAUGACUUAUGGCGACAGAAUCCAUCGUCUAAACACUAUGAUUACAGACUCAUUCAUUCGAGAUUGCAAUAUAUCCUCGAAGCUCGGGAGGAUCAGGAUAUCCUUGGUCUUGUGAAUCUUCUUCGUUCUGGACUGGUCCGCAACCUGGGAAACAUCACGGCACCUCGUCUUUUUAAUCGAGCCUACGCUGGCACGAAGCUUUUGAUAGAGGACUACAUCACUCAGGUCGCGCUAGCCGUUGAGUACGUCACGGCAUAUCCUACUUCACCAAUUUACGACACAAGUUUGACCAACCAAGCCAAACUCGACCUUCUCCAUGACACGCGUCAAGCAUUUGGUCGUAGUGUCCUCGUUCUUCAGGGAGGGUCGAUCUUUGGACUUUGCCAUAUCGGUGUGGUAAAAGCGCUGCAUCUGCGAGGCUUGUUGCCUCGAAUCAUCUCUGGGACAGCCACGGGUGCCCUCAUGGCUGCUCUCGUCGGCGUGCACAACGAGGAUGAAUUGCUCAAGUUCUUGAGUGGAGAAGGCAUUGACCUCUCUGCCUUUGCCACACGCUCGGCUCAGAUGGCCAAAAGUAACAGUGCUGGUUCUGUACAACAAGGCUGGCUCGCGACAUGGUUUAGACGUGUCAAGCGCUUCGUCACCACUGGGUAUCUGUUGGAUGCUUCGGUCCUGGAAGAAUGUGUUCGCGCUAACGUCGGGGACCUGACCUUCAUGGAAGCCUAUCAACGGACUAAGCGUGUCUUGAAUAUCACUGUUGCCCCUAUGGGUAACGGCAUGCCCAACCUGCUCAACUACUUGACGGCACCAAACGUGCUCAUCUGGUCCGCAGCCCUAGCCUCCAACGCCUCCGACGUCCUCUACUCCCCAGUAACCAUGAAAUGCAAGAACGAACUCGGCAACAUCGUCCCCUGGGCCUCCUCCCACCCAACCCACCACCGCCCGUCCACACCCCUCGGCUAUGCCUCCGAUCGGGACUCCCCAUUAACCCGAAUCGCCGAGCUCUUCAACGUAAACCACUUCAUCGUCUCCCAAGCCCGCCCCUACAUCGCCCCGUUCCUCCGCAGCGAUCUCCACAGCCCCAAACCAGGCUACAAAGGCCGUUCCUCCCUCACCACUUCCUUGAUGAAGGUCAUGGUCAUGGAAGUCCAGCAUCGUCUCCAUCAACUCGACUCCCUCGGCUACUUACCAGUUCAAAUCCGUCGCUUCCUUCUCGACGAGAAUAUCCCUGGUGCCUCAUUAACUCUAGUCCCAGAAGUCAAUACCACAGACUUCUUGAAAUUACUAGAAAACCCGACGCGACAAAGUGUAGAGUACUGGAUUCAAAAGGGAGAGAAAAUGGUUUGGCCGGCUGUUGACGCAUUGAAAGUCCGUUGUGCUGUAGAGGUGGAACUUGAUCGUGGGUAUCAGAUUGUUAGAAGGAGGAAACCAUUUGAUGCUAAUCCACUGGGCUCGGGAAAUGGGAUGGUGAGAUUGGAUAAAAAGGGGAUGAAAAAGAGGAGUUCGAGUUCUGCUCUUGAGUAA